CGAUACCUCUCGUCUUCUUCACAGAAUCUCUCUCUCUCUCUCGCCCCCACUUUCCGUCCCCGAUUUCUCCACUCCGAUCUAGCAUCGCUUCUUUCGAUUUUGUUCUCUGCAUAUUGAUCCUCAAACCCUAAUCCUCGCCUGAGUCGGCGCGUGCGUCCCACAUCUCUCUUCCUCUCCCUCUCUUUCUUUGCCAUGACGAGGGAAUUCGCCGUCCCGCCGGUGGUCUUCCCCUCCGGCGGAAACCCCGCCACCGGGAACCUCCAGCAGCGCCGCGUCCCCACGGCGCCGUUCCAGCCCCCGCGACCUUCGAGCUCGAGCAUCCCCUUCAUGUCGUUCGACAUCGGCCCCGCCACCUCCACCUCCACCCUCUACGGCGGUCCCAUCGGGACCGGCGGGGGCCCCUCCGGCUCGGCGAACUUCGAUGACGAGGAGCCUCUCCUCGACGAGCUCGGCAUCCAUCCCGAACAGAUCUGGAAGAAGACCAAAUCGAUCCUCAACCCUUUCCGCGUGAACCCGGCCGUUCACAAGGACUCCGAUCUGUCUGGCCCGAUCAUCUUGUACCUCUCGCUCUGCCUGUUCCAGUUGCUCGCCGGAAAGAUCCAAUUCGGUGUGAUCCUAGGGUGGAUCGUGGUCUCUUCAAUGUUUCUUUACGUGGUGUUCAACAUGCUCGCUGGGCGUAACGGCAAACUGAAUCUGCACGCGUGUACGAGCGUCGUUGGGUACUGUAUGCUGCCUGUGGUGAUCUUGUCGGCGGCGAUGCUGUUCUUGCCUCAAGCGAGUGUGGUCCGGUUCGUGAUCGCUGGGGUCUUUGUGUUGUGGGCGACGAGGGCGUCCACGGCCCUGAUGGUGGCGCUUGCCGAAGGCGAGGAGGAGCAUCGUGGUCUUGUUGCGUACGCGUGCUUUUUGAUUUACACUCUAUUUUCUUUGCUCGUCAUAUUUUAGGAGAAAUGGCAAGAGAUGUGGUUUUCCAGUGAUUUGUGCUGAGUUUUUGGGGCGAUAUGAAAGAUAGUGAAGCCAUAGUUCAGUUCACGAGGAAUGGAUGUAGUUAUGAUGUAAUGAAAUUGGAUGAUUCGUUGUAAUUUGGUUGAGAAGUGUUAUGUAGAGAUCACAAAACUUUAGAUUC